UCACCAAACGCCAUCUUGAAACUGUGGCACAGAAGAGGGAAACGUUGAGGAUACUGCACGCAUGGGAAAAUGCUGUACUGCCGUGCUUGUCUUGGAUACGCUCAUGACUUGACAGCAGUGUUGACAAAACGAAUUAACUGUUGAUCUCAUGUGUGUUUCCCAACGACGUUUCUGAUUAAAUCUUGGUUGUUCCAAAGCUGGAAUUGGAUACGAUUUUUACAGACACUGGUUGCCAGCUUUUACCGUAUGCAUAACUAGCUCGCAAAAGUCAACGGACAGAACACGUUGCAAUCCAUUGGGAAGGGAAAAUGCAAUGUCUCUGGAAUCGGAUUAUGCGCUAGCAUAACGUUAACGUUACAUUUUGGAAGGUGAAGACAGCGUUGUGAGGACCAAGAAAUGAGAUGUAUCAAAUAUAACGUUAGUCCACUACAUGUGGUGUAUUGAAACGUCUUAUUUAGCUAACGUUAGAUAAUUUAAGAUAACUAGACAACUAAGUAAUUUAAACUACCUGACGCUAGCUAAUGUACACAUUUUUAAGAUUCAGGGUUAAUUAGCUAUGUUCCAUGGUAUUGUUGCUAAAUUUACCUAGUUUAGUCUUAUUAGGUCAAAUAACAAUGUUGAACAAUUGGAAAUCGUUAGUAAUAUUGCUAGCUACUAGUAGUACUGUAACAUGCUAACUAACGUUUAGAUGGGUCGUUAGACCAACCUGCAACAAGUCAGUCAAUAGAAAUGGUUUUUUAACAAUUUUGUAGUCUAGCUAGCUACACUAUCACUUCUUCCAUAUUUGUGGACAUAAUUCGUCAGGACCUUCAACUGUGUAACGUAGUAGCUGGCCAGUGGAUCUUUUGGAGUGGGUCUUCUCAACAAACACCUGUCAGCUGGAAAGUCAGUGUCAAUACCACAACAUGUUGUUGACAAUACUAGCUUGCAAACUAGCUGGCUAGUUACGUUAGUCUUUGAAUUUUUUUAGCUUUUUGCACAGACCUUCAUAACACACAGUGGAGGAGCAAACCUUUGCAGCUGUGUGUUGUUUAUUUCCCGGAAAUAAAAAGGAUUUCAAUUGGAUUGAAAAUGGGAGCCGCUAGCGAGCUGGCGUUUGCUGUUUUUCUCAUCUCGUUCGCCUCAGGUGCAAUCCUGGGUCGCUCGGAGACACAGGAGUGCGUUUACUACAACUCCAGCUGGGAGAAGGAGCGAACCAACCGCAGUGGCAUCGAGCCUUGCUACGGAGACAAGGACAAGAGGCUCCACUGCUUCGCCACCUGGAAAAACAUCUCGGGAACCAUCGAGAUCGUCAAGCAGGGCUGCUGGCUGGACGAUGUCAACUGCUAUGACAGUAGCGAAUGUGUGGAGACGAAAGAGAGUCCGGACGUCUUCUUUUGCUGCUGCGAAGGCAACAUGUGCAACGACAAGUUCCUCUACAGCCCCGACGCGCAGGCUGUCCAAAGUAAGUCGUCAUCGACCUCCAACCCAUUUAACCAGAAGCCUCAGCUGUUCAACACUCUGCUGUACUCUCUGGUGCCCAUUAUGGGCAUCGCCGCCAUCGUCCUCUUCUCCUUCUGGAUGUACCGUCAUCACAAGCUGGCAUACCCGCCCGUCCUGGUGCCGACACAGGACCCACUGGGGCCACACACCCCUCCCUCGCCCAUCAUGGGGCAGAAGCCAUUGCAGUUGAUCGAGGUCAAAGCCAGGGGGCGCUUCGGCUGUGUGUGGAAGGCUCAGCUCCUCGACGACUACGUGGCUGUCAAGGUCUUCCCCAUUCAGGACAAGCUUUCAUGGCAGAACGAGUAUGAGAUCUACAGCCUGAGUGGGAUGAAACACGAGAACCUGCUCCACUUUAUCGGUGUGGAGAAGAGAGGCAACAACAUGGACAUAGACCUCUGGCUCAUCACAGCCUAUCACGACAACGGCUCUCUGACUGAUUACCUGAAGGCCAACGUGGUGUCGUGGAACGAGCUGUGCCACAUCUCCCAGACCUUGGCCCGUGGCCUGGCCUAUCUCCACGAGGACAUCCCUGGGCUGAAGGACGGACACAAGCCCGCCGUCGCACACAGGGACAUGAAGAGCAAGAACGUGCUUCUGAAGAACAACCUGACAGCCUGCAUAGCGGACUUCGGCCUGGCCCUGAAGUUUGAAGCUGGGAAGUCUGCAGGAGACACCCACGGACAGGUGGGCACGAGGCGCUACAUGGCCCCUGAGGUGCUGGAGGGGGCCAUCAACUUCCAGAGAGACUCAUUCCUGAGGAUAGACAUGUACGCCAUGGGGCUGGUGCUGUGGGAGCUGACCGCUCGCUGCACCGCUGCAGACGGUCCUGUGGAUGAGUACACACUGCCCUUCGAGGAGGAGGUCGGCCAGCACCCGUCUCUAGAGGACAUGCAGGAGGUGGUGGUCCAUAAGAAGCUACGACCCUGCCUCAGAGAGUGCUGGCAGAAACACACAGGCCUGGUGAUGCUGUGCGAGACCAUCGAGGAGUGCUGGGACCACGAGGCCGAGGCGCGGCUCUCGGCGGGCUGCGUGGAGGAACGCAUCAUCCAGAUGCGACGCCAGACCAACAUUGUCGCCCCCGAGGAGAUUGUCACCGUCGUCACCAUGGUGACCAACGUGGACUUCCCUCCCAAAGAGUCCAGCCUAUGAAUGGACGGACAUUGACUGGACGUGUCAGGUGGUGGACAUGGAGCUAUUUUUGACUGGAUGUUUUCAGGUACACAUUGAUCGACCAGAGUGGCCCGUUCAGGAUCAUAAACUCUGGGUGAUCCCGGGUUCAUCUCUGACCCUUGACCCCCUCAGCUGGGCGUGCUGGCAUGGCGUGGUUGUGUUUUAGUGCUGGGCGCUACACUACUGUCAUUCAGGAAAUACCUGGCUGUGCCAACCAACACUGGUUUGGUUUCUACCCACUUCAAGUAUCACGAUGUGUUGGAUUCAGGUGGACUCCCAUAGCGAGCCUCAAACUGUACAACAGACUCCUUCAAAAGAGCAACACUAGGUCGUAACAAAACGCUGUGAGCUGGGCAAAAGGGAUAUUUUAUAUAUGAAGAAAACACUAGGACCGCCUAACAGACUUCUGUUCUAUUUUCGAAGAAAAAGAAGAGGGAGAGGAUGGACUCUCCAAGAGGAACUGUUACGGCUCAGUGAAGGAAAAAGGGCAACUUGUUUUAAAAUUCCUUUGCGGUUUUCUUUCUGUGUUUAAAUGACAAUGACGACUUGUAAUGCCAAUAAGAAACAGCUUCUGAAUGUCACGUGUACUGCUGCUGUACAUCAUAUCAAAACAAUGGCAGUCAAGGUUUAUUUUAGGGGUGGGGGGCAUUUCCUAGCGUUACUACUUUGAAAGCAAAACCAUAGACCUCCCUCAAAUCAACAAGGUAUACCUCAGUUCCAUCUUCAUUACAACACUGCAACUCUA